CACGUGUGACUCGAGAGGAAAUAACGUCACUUGGGAGAGCCGAAAAGCUGGGUUGUGGCGCCGCCGUGAAGCCCUUCACCGACAACAUGUCUCAUUUACCGAUGAAACUUUUACGCAAGAAGAUCGAGAAGCGGAACCUCAAAUUGCGACAACGAAACCUAAAGCUCCAGGGUGCCUCAGCUGUGAGCCUGUCAGAAACUCAAAAUGGAGAUGUGUCUGAAGAAACAGUGGGAGAUGGAAAAGUUAAAAAGUCCUUAAAGCAGUCUGUGAGUGCGGGCUUGUCAGAAGCCCAAAAUGGAGAUGUAGCUAAAGAAACAGUAGGAAGCAGAAAAGUGAAAAAGUCCCUAAAACAACCCAUGAGUGCUGGGCUGGCAGAAGCCCAAAAUGGAGACACAUCUGAAGAAGCAGGAGUAGGUGGGAAGGUGAAAAAGUCCCGAAAACAAUCUAUGAAGGCAAGCGUGUCGGGAGCCGACAACGGAGUCCUACCUCAGGGAGCCAUGGAAAAUGUCAAAGUUAAAAAAUCCAUGAAAGAGUCUGUAAAUGCAGGCAUGUCAGAAGCCCAAAAUGGAGAUGUAUCUAAAGAUGUAUCUAAAGAAACAGGGGAAAAUGUCAAAGUUAAAAAAGCCUCCAAGAAAUCUACCACAUUGACCAGUGGAGAAGCAGCAAUGCAGUCUCCCAAUUCGGAAUCAAAAAAGAAGAAGAAGAAAAAGAGAAAAGUAGUGGAUGAUGCUGGGCCUGAUUCCAAAAAAGCAAAAGCUGAGGACCUGGGAGACGCUGAAGAUGGUGCCCAGGCUCCUGAAGAAACAGAAGACAGUGUGGAGAAGCCAGAUGGCGAGGAGGAGGACAGCGAAGUGCCCAGCCUGCCACUGGGGCUGACAGGAGCUUUUGAGGAUACUUCAUUUGAUUCUCUGACUAAUCUUGUCAAUGAGAACACUCUGAAGGCAAUAAAAGAAAUGGGCUUUACAAACAUGACUGAAAUUCAACAUAAAAGUAUCAGACCACUUCUGGAAGGCAGGGAUCUUCUAGCAGCUGCAAAAACAGGCAGUGGCAAAACGCUGGCGUUUCUCAUCCCUGCAGUUGAACUCAUUGUUAAGUUAAAGUUCAUGCCCAGGAAUGGAACAGGAGUCCUUAUUCUCUCACCUACUAGGGAACUGGCCAUGCAGACUUUUGGUGUCCUUAAGGAGCUGAUGACGCACCAUGUUCACACAUACGGGUUAAUAAUGGGUGGCAGUAACAGGUCUGCUGAAGCUCAGAAGCUUGCCAAUGGGAUCAACAUCGUCGUGGCCACCCCAGGCCGUCUCCUGGACCACAUGCAAAAUACCCCAGGGUUUAUGUAUAAAAACCUACAGUGUCUGGUUAUUGAUGAGGCUGAUCGUAUCUUGGAUGUUGGGUUUGAAGAGGAAUUAAAGCAAAUCAUUAAACUUCUGCCAACACGCAGACAGACCAUGCUCUUCUCUGCCACACAAACUCGAAAAGUUGAAGACCUGGCAAGGAUUUCUCUGAAAAAGGAGCCUUUGUAUGUUGGUGUUGAUGAUGAUAAAGCUAAUGCAACUGUAGACGGUCUUGAGCAGGGAUAUGUUGUCUGUCCUUCUGAAAAGAGAUUCCUCCUGCUCUUUACAUUCCUUAAGAAGAACCGGAAGAAGAAACUAAUGGUUUUCUUUUCAUCCUGUAAGUCCGUGAAAUACCACUAUGAGUUGCUGAACUACAUCGAUUUGCCUGUCAUGGCCAUUCAUGGAAGGCAGAAACAAAAUAAGCGUACGACCACGUUCUUCCAGUUCUGCAAUGCAGAUUCAGGGAUCUUGUUAUGUACAGACGUGGCAGCUAGAGGGCUGGAUAUUCCUGAAGUGGACUGGAUUGUUCAGUAUGACCCUCCAGAUGACCCCAAGGAAUACAUUCACCGUGUGGGCAGAACAGCCAGAGGCCUGAAUGGAAGAGGGCACGCCUUGCUCAUUUUGCGCCCUGAAGAAUUGGGUUUCCUUCGCUACCUGAAGCAAUCCAAGGUUCCAUUAAGUGAAUUUGAGUUUUCCUGGUCCAAAAUUUCUGACAUUCAGUCUCAGCUCGAAAAACUGAUUGAAAAGAACUACUUCCUUCAUAAGUCAGCCCAGGAAGCAUAUAAGUCAUACAUUCGAGCCUAUGAUUCCCAUUCCCUGAAGCAGAUCUUCAAUGUUAAUAACUUAAAUUUGCCUCAAGUUGCUCUGUCGUUUGGCUUCAAGGUGCCUCCUUUUGUUGAUUUGAAUGUGAACAGCAAUGACGGCAAAGUUAGAAAGCGAGGCGGUGGCGGUGGAUUUGGCUACCAGAAAGCCAAGAAAGUCGAGAAGUCCAAGAUCUUCAAACACAUAAGCAAGAAGCCAUCUGACCGCAGGCAGUUUUCUCACUGAAGACAUACCUUUGUCCUGAAAUGGGUGUUCUUUUCUUGCUGUAAGAAAGGAAUUUGUGUUACUUUAGGAUUUGGACUCAUCUAACGACGCAACUGAACUGAACUGAACUGAACGAGUAUGAGAUGACUUGGGUCACCGGCACUGAGGUUUCCAGUGAGUCUCCUUUUUAGGGAUAUAAAACAGGUCGCAAUGUCUUGAUUGCCCAAGAGCAAAGCAAGGCAUCUUUCUAGUCUUUGUGAUGAUAGGAUAUUUCUAAGUGUAAAUCUUUUUUUUCCCCCCAAACUUGUUACUGUUUUAAUGUAAUUCUUUUGGUACCUUGCUUUCCUAGUGUCUGAAACCUUUUGUGACUUGGAUUGCUGUGUCAGCCUGCUAGAAAGGGCAGAUGACCGGACACUGGACAGGUGGUGGGGGUGCAGAAAAAUUGUCUCAAUUGUUGUUUUUUUUUUGUUUUGGUUUCAGUUUUUUCUUGGACCUUAACAGUAGUUUUUUGACCCCUCCUGAAAAUAUUGCUGUGUGAAAGGGCAGAGAGCUUUGGAAAAUCCCUAAGAAGUACCUUCAGUUAAGGGGGCACUGGGCUUUUAUAUGCCAGACUUUAAAACAAUGAGCCUUUCUCCAUUUUACUUUUUCAGGAGUAAGAAAUAUGGGUUGUCAUUGUUAUUUGAAUAAAGUGCCCCUAGCAGUCCUGACAUUGAGGGUGGUGGUGGUGGUGAAGUCGCUCAGUCGUGUCCGACUCUUUCCGACCCCAUGGACUGUGCUCAGUCGUGCCCGACUCUUUGCGACCCCAUGGACUGUAACUUACUAGGCUUCGUCCAUGGGAUUCUCCAGGCAAGAAUACUGGAGUGGAUUGCCAUUUCCUUCUCCAGGGGAUCUUCCCGACCCAGGGGUCGAACCCGGGUCUCCCACAUUGCAGGCAGACGCUUUAACCUCUGAGCCACCAGGGGUGGGGGAAAUCCCAGAUACUUUAGUUUCACUUACAAGUGUAGUCUCUGCUGUUCUCCAUUUGGUAGCUUAGCAGACUGAGGCACACAGAACGGUGCCACUCCUCAGGCAAAUUUGUUUCUUUGAAGUGGUUUCAGUUUUGGUGAGUCCUUCCAACAGUAUUUAGAAGGCAAAAGCAUCUUUUUGAGAAAAACUGCCUCUUCCAGAUCCGUGAAACGAAAAUAGAUUUAUGAUGAAAACUAAAAAUGAGCACACAGCAGAAUAGCAAAGUCAGUGGUUUAGUCAGAUGGGGUUUUUUGUUGUAGUAAUUUUUGAUUUCUGGUGUGUUUGAUGUUUUAUUUCUAGUGUGUUUUAUAACUACAAAAUGGUUACCAUAUUUUGUAGUAAUUUAAAACCAAAGUUGCUAACAUCAUUUUACUGUUGUACCAGUUAAUAUUCAGAUUCCUAUUAAAUGUCGAAGAAACAGUCUGGUAAACAGCAUUCCAGUAGGAAAAGAAAGAUACUAUCCCACAUCUGGGCUUGACCACCGUCCCCCUUGCUGGACAUGUGCUGGGCUUCAGACCUUGUUUGCUGGACUCCUGGCAUUUAAUACCUGUUUCUCUUUACAUGACUUUUCUUUGUUUCAGAAAUAAUCAUGUUUCAAAAAGUACACAAAAGCAGAGAAGAAUAUUUAAUCACUGAACAGAAGUAAAUACUGUUAAUAUUUUGAUACUUAAUCUUCCAGUGUUUUGUAUAUGUACUUUUUAAUUUUUUUUAUCAAAAGUGAAGUUAAAUGAUCCUCUACCCUGUAUUUGUAACCAUCUUGUUUCAUAACUUAUUUUCCUGUGUCAUUAAACAAUUACAUCAA